AUCGUAGACCUACCCAUAUGGUUAUGAAACAGAAACGAUGAAUUCUGUGUUGUAAUUUCACUUUGACCUGAAACGUCCAUCAGUUGUAUCGGUGUUGCUUGGAUACAGUGCGCCCCGCCGCUUUCCAAACGCCCCGAGAAACGGCUUGUUUAGAAACAUGAACAUACCCUGCACACUCUACUGCGCGGCCCAGGUGCGCCUCGCGGUCCGGUAACCGGAGACCGUGCUGGGAGGUAAUUGGAAGGGAAAUGUGCCUCAGCACGGAGAAAGUGGUCAUCCUAGCGUGCAUUGCAGCAUCUGCAGGUCAUCUGCAGAGGACGUGAGAACCGCAAAGCCGUGCUAAAUUGAUUAUUUGCAUUUGUAACUGCAUGCAUACACGAGACAUGUAUCGUAAUAUAUUUCAUUCAUUCGUUGGAUUGUCAUUGUGUUUUGUGUCGUGUUUUAAAGAAAAUACAGAAUAACUGAUGUCCUAUUCGGGGCCAGUUGUUGCGUUGUGAUAGUUGUAGACCAUCAUUGGCUGGGACCCCUCCAGCCUACUGGCUACACUUUCUGUUGUGACCACUGGAGGCUCCGAGCAGCCGGCGUCUGCAUCACUUCAGCUGUCGGUCGCAGAGGAUGGCGGAGCUACUGUCCCAAGUGGAGCCUGAACUUCUCAACGGGGUCGUCCCGACUGAGGAGAGGGGAGACGGCGACGCGUCGGAGUCAGUGAAGAAAAGGAGGAGGAAAAAGAAGAAAAGCAAGACACUCGCUCCAGUGUGUGACAUUGCAGCAGGGACAAACCCCACGGAGAAGGAGGAAGAGGACGUCAAAGGUGUGAGCGAAGCACUCCAACAGUUGGAGGAGCAAACUCUGGAGGACAAGGAGAAAGACGAGGAUGGAGACGAAGAUGGAGACGAGGGAGAGAACUCUGCGGGGAAGAAGAAGAAGAAAAAGAAGAAAAAGAAGGGUGCGAAGGGACAGACCGACCCCCCCACUGUCCCUAUCUGCGAGCUCUAUCCCGGCGGGGACUUCCCGAAGGGAGAGGAGUGCGAAUACCCGCCGUCAAAAGACGGGCGCAGUGCAGCAUGGCGGACCACCAGCGAGGAGAAGCGGGUGCUCGAUAAGGCCAACGAGGAGAUGUGGAGCGACUUCAGGCAGGCCGCCGAGGCCCACCGCCAGGUGCGGGCGUACGUCCGCACCUGGAUCCAGCCGGGCAUGGCCAUGAUCGACAUUUGCGAGCGCCUCGAGGACUGCUCCCGCAGGCUGAUCAAGGAGAACGGGCUGCACGCCGGCCUGGCCUUCCCCACCGGCUGCUCCAUCAACCACUGCGCCGCCCACUACACCCCCAACGCCGGCGACCCCACCGUGCUGCGCUACGACGACGUCUGCAAGAUCGACUUCGGAACGCACGUCAACGGUCGGAUAAUCGACUGCGCCUUCACCGUCACCUUUAAUCCCAAGUACGACAGGCUGCUGGAGGCAGUGAAGGACGCCACCGACACAGGCAUCAGGUUUGCAGGGAUUGAUGUGCGCCUGUGUGAUGUGGGUGAGACCAUCCAGGAAGUCAUGGAGUCAUACGAGGUGGAGAUCGAUGGGAAGACCUACCAAGUGAAGCCGAUAAGGAACCUGAACGGCCACUCUAUCGGUCAGUACCGGAUCCACUCAGGGAAGACCGUCCCCAUCGUGAAGGGCGGCGAGGCCACGCGGAUGGAGUGGGGGGAAGUGUACGCCAUCGAGACCUUCGGCAGCACGGGCAGAGGAGCCGUCCACGAUGACAUGGAGUGCUCGCACUACAUGAAGAACUUCAAAGUGGGGCACGUGCCCAUCAGGCUCCCCAGGGCCAAGCAUCUCCUGAACGUGAUCAACGAGAACUUCGGCACGCUGGCGUUCUGCCGGCGGUGGCUGGACCGCCACGGCGAGAGCAAGUACCUGAUGGCGCUGAAGAACCUGUGCGACCUGGGCAUCAUCGACCCCUACCCCCCGCUGUGCGACACCAAGGGCAGCUACACGGCGCAGUACGAGCACACCAUCCUCCUCCGGCCCACCGCCAAGGAGGUGGUGAGCCGCGGGGACGACUACUGACCCCCCCCCCUGGGGGGCCGGAACCGGACCCCCCCCCCCGGGGGGGCCCAGGGCGACGGCACACGACACAUUAUGCAAUUAUUACGAUUACCCAGUGAGCCUUUGGAAUCGCUCCUCGCUUGCGCGGCAGAUCUUUCUAGAUCGUGUUUUAGAUUUAGGACAACGAGAGAACGGCUCCGGUGGUUUGCUUGUAUUUAUUUGUAUUUGUUUUUCUUCAAAGGAUCAAGCCAAGUAUUUAGAAAGAGAACAUAUCGUAGAGCAAAGCUUAGCGUUGUUGUCUUAGUUAUCCAUUGCUGUACUGCUUUUAGAAGAUAUGCAAACGAAACCUAUACAAAGAUUAAUGCAAAAAAUACUAUAAGGGCUUGGCCGACGCCCUCCCCAAGUGUUGCGCGCCCAUUGCGGAUUCCGAGGAGAAAUGUUAUGAAACGAUUUAUAUUACUAAAUUCCUUUGCUCUAUUUUAAUUUGAUGCAGUUUUCUAAGUAAUAAAUCGGUAUGAAUCUUAUUUUAAA